AUGCCAGGAUCCUUAAACAGGCCCAAGACCGGUGACCAAGAUGUGGAUGGAGUGUUAUAUGGCGCUAGACACCACAGCCACCGCUUUGUCUCCGCUAGUGCACACAGCCCUGGCCAUCUCGCUCACUCCCCGACGCCCCAAACCCCCGAGGCCUCCGCGGAGCAUUCAGCCAAUCGUAAAGCUGCAGAUCUUCCCGCCCCCGCCCUGAUGUACAGCCUUCUGAUUGGCGGGCUGCGUGUCCCCCAUGUGACUGGAUCUUGGUUGGCCGGUCCCGCCCCUGUCACACUCGAAGAAGCCCUGGCGCGCCCUCCCCCUCUCCCGGGUCUGGUAGGGCGAAGGAACGGGCGUGCGGUCGAUCGAGCGAUCGGUUGGCGGCUCUUUCUCCUGCUCUGGCAUCCAGCUCUUGGGGCGCAGGCCCGGCCGCCGCGGCGCGCGCCCGGUGGCCGUUGGCGCUCGCGCCGCGUCUUUCUUCUCGUACGCAGAACUCGGGCGGCGGCCUAUGCGUUUGCGAUUCGACGAGGAGUCGUCAGGGUGGUCGGCGGCGGCGGGCAGCUGCUCCGCCCCGCUCCGGGGGAGGCGGCGGCGGCAGCGGCCACGGGAUUUGGAGCGGCCGGGGAGGCGGGGGUGGCUGGGGCCGGCCUGGAGGCCUGGCGCCACCUUUCGGGGCCUGCAAGGACCCAGUUGGGGGGGCAGGAGGGGGCUGGAGGAUGGUUGGUUGUGGGAUUUCUACUUUGCCUUUUCCUCCUUAUGCCGCCUUAG